CCCAAGAUGGCUGACCGCGUGCUCGAAUUGCUGGCGCCCUUGCAGGCGGCGCUGUCCGCGUCGCCCCUGGCCGUGAAGGUCUCUGCGGCCGUGGGCUGCCUGGUGCUGUCUCGCCUGGCGCUGCAGCUGCUGGGCUCGCUCUACACGUUCUUCCUGCGCCCGGCCAAGAGCCUCAAGAGCUUCGGCCAGUGGGGCGUGGUCACGGGCGCCACGGACGGCAUCGGCAAGGCGCUGGCCAUGGAGCUGGCGCGUAAGGGCAUGAACGUCGUGCUCAUGAGCCGCACGCAGAGCCGCCUGGAGGAGGCCCGCAGCGAGAUCCUGGCCAAGUACCCCAAGGUGCAGGUGGAGAUCCUGGCCGUGGACUUCAACCGCGUAGACGAGCCCAGCGUGCGCCAGGCGCUGCAGCAGAAGCUGGACCAGGUCAAGGACGUCGGCGUGCUGUUCAACAACGUGGGCGUGUCGUACGACUUCCCCGAGUUCUUCGACCAGCUCCCGGAGGACCGCGUGGACAGCCUCAUCAAGCUCAACGUGACCGCGGCCACCGUCAUGACCAAGCUGGUGCUGCCCGGCAUGGCGCUGCGCAAGCGCGGCGCGAUCGUCAACGUGAGCUCCGGCUCGGGCCGCAUGGUCGUGCCGCUGCUCAGCGAGUACAGCGCCACCAAGAAGUACAUUGAGCAGUUCACGAUCUGCCUCGCCGCCGAGUACAGCGCCAAGAACGUGCACGUGCAGUGCCACGUGCCCAUGUUCGUGUCGACCAAGCUGGCCAAGAUCCGCCACGCGAGCUUCAUGGUGCCCUCGCCCGCCACGUACGCGCGCGCGUCGGUGGCCCACCUGGGCUACGACACGCUGCUGUCGCCCUACUGGCCGCACGCGCUGCAGAUCUGGCUGUACGAGAGCGCCCCCACCUGGCUGCUCAGCAAGGGCGCCAUGAUGACCCACCUGUCGCUGCGCAAGCGCGCGCUCAAGAAGCUCGAGGCCAAGAAGAACCAGUGAGCGGGUCGCAACCGAGGCUUGAUAAGCGCGCAAGCGGGCCGAGAGCGGCUUCAUCGAUCUUUGCGUGUCGACAAUGCAGGCAGUAGCGUAGCACUCGUGCAGCACCAGCCACGUAGCAAAGGAAACCGCCGGCAUUUGUCAAUGCAAGAUAACUGAGCUUGGCC